GAGAUCUCGAAUUUUGCUCCCGUCACGACAACUCUCGACGACAUUCACGACACACCGACGAGAUGGCCGCCAAAUCCCAUAUCCCGAUCGUCAAGAAGCGCACGAAGCGCUUCUUCCGCCAUCAAUCCGACACCUUCAAGUGUGUGCCUUCGUCAUGGCGCAAGCCCAAGGGUAUCGACAACCGUGUCCGUCGACGAUUCAAGGGCACGAUUGCCAUGCCUUCGAUCGGUUAUGGUAGCAACAAGAAGACCCGCCACUUGAUGCCCUCUGGCCACAAGGCUUUCCUCGUCCACAACACCAAGGACGUUGAGCUCCUCCUCAUGCACAACCGCACUUACGCCGCUGAGAUCGCCAGCGCCGUCUCCUCCCGCAAGCGUGUUGACAUUUUGGCCAAGGCCAAGGCUCUCGGUGUCAAGGUCACAAAUGCCAAGGCCCGCGUUACCACCGAGGCAUAAUUAUUUUCAAGCAGUGCAUCAUGAACAGGAUUAUCACGUUACUUGUCUUUUUUCCUUGUUCUUGUUUUUGCGCGUGGCCGAGGUUUUCGCAUCUCAACCUCUAUUCUUUUCUAAAAGGGCUGAAAGGAGUGGAAAAUGUGUCUAUUUAAAUGGAUGGUUUUAAUGGAAAUUUCUUUUCAAAGGAAUCUCUGAAACGAUGAUACCAACUAUUCCCAUGGUCGAUCUGGGAAGGGAGGAAACUUUUUCUCGUCAUCAAAAACGCAUGAGUGAUCGAUCGACAAAUAUCAAUCAAUUGUUAUGAGGAAACGGAACGCUAGGUUAGGCUAGGUCUGGGGAAGUGACCGCAUCACUUCCAAAACUUUCAAAAAGAAAUGCAUUACCCUUGUUGCGUCUU